CAUCCCCGAUUUCAACAACUUCUUCACUCACCAAAAAAAAAUCUCUAAUAACCCAAGAAAUCAUCAUAUCACAAUCAUUAAGAGUCAAUUAACGAUCAUGAUUCCGGCAAACAUCACCGGAUUAUUCGACUAUCUACCACCGGAAAACCUGACAAACUUUCCGGCAACGGAGUUCAACAUGUUCCAAACCAGCAUGCCCUCGCCAUCGUCAUCAUCAUCAACUUCUUCUUCCUUUUACCACCUCAGCAAUCUCAUGAUGAACAUCUCAUCCAACGGUCAAGAACUCGUGCCCACGAGCCUAAGCAACAACUCGACAUCCGACGAAGAUCGCCAACAGAGCAUCAUCGACGAGAGGAGACAGAGAAGGAUGAUAUCGAACAGAGAAUCUGCAAGGAGAUCGAGGAUGAGGAAGCAGAGGCAUCUUGAUGAGCUUUGGUCUCAAGUGACAAGGCUUCGCAAAGAGAACCACUGCCUUAUCGAUAAGCUGAACUGCUUAUCAGAGAGCCACGACUGUGUCUUGAAAGAGAACGCUAGGCUCAAGGAAGAAACCUCCGAUCUCCGACAGCUUAUCAGUGAAAUGCGGGCCAACAGCGACAAUAUGUGUAUCGGUUUUCUCAGGGAGUUUGAUGAUUUUGUCCCUUCAAUCAAUUAACUGUAGGUUCCGAAGAGAGACAGAGAGAUAGAUCGUUUUUGGUUGUCUUCUUCUUCAAAAAGGUCGAUUGAUCUUUUAUGUUUUGCUAGUAUGAUAACAUAUUAUACUAUAUAUGUGUGUGUGUGUGUGUGUGGUGUUAUAUUAUAUGGUUCUUGUGUUGUACGUGUUAAAGUUAAAUAAUUAACUCCUUUGGUAAG